AUGGGCCCAGGGCUGGGCUGCUGCCUCCUGCUGCUGCUGGGGGGCGCGGGGGGGCUGGGGGGCCGAGGGGUGCGGCGGGGACCCGAGCGAGAGGAGGGACUGUGGGGCAGGGCGAGGUAUGAAGAUGUCGAGAAGCACCUGGGAGCUGUGGGUGCUCUCUCCAAGCAGUACUGGCGGUACCUGGCGUGCAAGGUGUGGCAGGAGGGCUGUGAAGAGAAAGAGGUGGAGGAGGAAGAAUCCGGUGGCAGCCCAGGCUGGAGCUUGCCGCUGGUGGGCCAUGAUUACCUGGAGGUCCUCUCUGCCUGGUACUGCAGCUUUCGCAAGUGCUGCAAGACUGGAGACUGCAGGAUAGUGAACAACAUCACGGGGCUGGAAGCAGACCUCAACAGGCAGCUCCACGGACAGCACUUGGCCAAAGAAAUCGUCAUCCAUGCAGUGCAAGGGUUCCUGCAGAGCCCACAGCCGCAGAAGGCUCUGGUCCUCUCCUUCCACAGCUGGUCCGGCACAGGCAAGAACUUUGUGGCCCGGCUGUUGGCCAGUCACCUGUACCGGGAUGGGCUGGAGAGCAUGUGUGUCAGGGUCUUCAUCUCACUCUUCCACUUCCCCCAUCACAAAUACAUGGACUCUUACAAGGCUCAGCUGGAGAAGCAGAUAAGUGAGACUGUGCAGCUCUGCAAGCAGUCCCUGUUCAUCUUUGAUGAGGCAGAGAAGCUUCAUUUCAGCCUCCUGGAUGCCAUCAAGCCUUUCAUGGCUCGACAUGAUGGCCACAAAAUGGAUUACCGGAGAUCAAUCUUCCUCUUCCUUAGCAAUCUUGGCGGCAAUACUAUCAAUGAGGUAGCCCUGGACUUCUGGCGAGCAGGCCGGGUGCGGGAGGAGAUCUCCAUCGAGUACUUGGAGCAGCGGCUGCAGCUGGAGCUGCUGGAGCCUGCAAAGAACGGUUAUGUCUGCAGCCACCUCCUCAAAGAGAACCUCAUUGAUUUCUUCGUGCCAUUCCUGCCACUGGAGUACCACCACGUGAAGCUCUGCGUACAGGAUGCCUUCUUGGCCCGUGGACUUCCAUACACAGAGGCAGCCGUUGACGAGGUAGCCAGGAUGAUGGUGUUUGUCCCCAAAGAGGAGAAGCUUUUCUCUGCACAGGGCUGUAAAUCUGUAGCCCAACGCAUCAAUUACUUCCUUCCUUGAACACCAGGUGGGACACCACCAGUGGUGAAGGUGGUUCUGCACACCAGGAGCUGCUCUCCUUGCAGGUCAGGGCAGUAGCUUGCCCGGCCCUUGCACUUGCACAAGGACAGGUGUAACCCCUCACUACUCUGAGGGCUGUUUGCAGGGAAGGAGGUGCGGCCUGCCCAGCCUAAAUCGUGGGACACAGGGACAGCCUGCUGUUUUAAAGUCGCUUCUUCUAGCAGGUAGUGCCUGAGGUGGUGAUUUGGUUGUGAUGCUUUGUUUCACAUGAGUGGGGGUGUCCAAGCCUCUGGUUUGUUGUCGUGUAAUGAAGGCUUUGGACAGCCUCCUCCUGUUGAGAUGGUCUGGAAGCCACAUCCUCAUCAUCCCUGUCCUAUUUUCUCAGUCACUUUACAAGCUCUCAGAUUACACAGAAGUGUUUCGCUGGAGUUGAGGUCUUUCCUCUGUUGCUGUCCUGUAAUCACAAGGCAUCUGCUGCUCAGGGACACGCGUGCCAGGAUUGUGGUUUGUCCAGGGAGGCCCCCACGUAGAGAAAAUACCUGAAUAAUCUCCUCUGGAGAUGUCAAGCCCAUGGCCUCUCGCUUUGCAGUGUCCCUCUCUCAUCGGAGUCUUCUGUUGCAUGGAAGCAGCCGCAGGGAUGAAGUGAACUGCUGAAAUCAUUUUUCUAGCAGUUUGGUGAGGAGUCCGUUUGCUUCUCUGCAAAACGGAAAAGGGGAGACUUAAUUCCCCUUUUGAGAGCAAAGCGCAGUUCAGGAGGAUGGUGGCUGGAGGAACAGGCUGCAACUGAAUUUGGAUUUUCAGGGAUGCAGUGAGCUUGGGGUUUUUUUAACCUCUUUUCUUUCCAGAAUGUUGUGUGCUGUGGAUUUUUGGCUAGUAUCAGCAUUACUACACUAAGGGGCUGUUUGCUGUCUGGGUACUUGCCAAGUGAUAAGUAUGUUACAGCAGGACCACAAAAUUCCAACCGUGUUACGGGAAUCACUUUGUGACCUCUGGGUCAAAACUCCCUUCCAACACAGCUAUGCUGGAGUGCUGAGGUGAAACAGCACAUGCCAAGGACAGGGAUGAGCUCCCCAGAGACCCCAUGCGAGGACCUUGUAUCUGUUCUAAGCUUUGAACCUCUCUGUGGUGCCAGGGAUGAGCAGCACAGCCUCUGGGAAAAGACUGACCAGACACUUCCUAGUUCUGCAGACUUUGAGUCCGUGUUUCCCUCCUGGCACACCAGCUCUGUUAUCUAAGGAGGCUUCACUGUCCAAGGCAGGAAAAGGAGCCAGCUGCUUCCUUAUUGCUUACCUGAUGCAGAGUUAGUUUAAACCUACCUGGGCUUUAGGGCUCUGUGGUCAGAGACGUGGUUAUGGACCAUCUCGUACUCAUGCGUGUGAUACCUCAAGCUUCAGCCUGUGAAAGAGCAGAGGGAAAUGUGCCUGGGGAAGUCACCUGGGGAGGGAGGGCACAGCCCCACAGGACACAGCUCGGGUUCUGCUUUAGAACGUGGGCAGUGUUCAGACAGUUCACUUACCAUUAGUGUGGCAGCAUAGGCCAGGAUAACCUAUGGGAUUUUUAAAACAGAAAAGAAUCUUCAGCUGUUCAGGUGAGACUGAUGCUGUUUGGAGUGGGAGGGGGUCACGUUGUCAGCCAUCCCGCCAGCGCAGGCUGGUACGAAGUUGACACGUUGAGCAUUCUUGCUGUCACUCAUUAAGGAGGUGGUGGAGUUACUAACUAAGGCAACUGUCAAACUAAUGAUGCAAGACCCUGUGCUCUGCCACGUCACAGUUGCAUAUGCUUAAGAAUUAAGUCAGGAUUUGAUUGUGCAACUCCAACAGCCACAACUGCUCUCCUCCCACUGCUCCACAGCCGUUUGAUUUCAAAGGCGUAAAGAUUCUGCUUUUCUUUGCAACCUGACAGGAUUAAAUAUUUUUCCUUUUUUAAAGGUUGACAGUAAUCUUGUCUUUUCUACCCAAAAUAAAAAAACUUCAGGUCAGUACUGAACAGCUUUAAAUAUUCCUUAAAAGAACCCCAAACAACCCAGCACAUACUCAGUUGCUUUUUUGCCAAUAAAAUAUUGCAACCUUUAUUUAAAACAAAAUGCAAAUUGGCAAAACUUUGUGGAACGACAAGCAAAGAGGCCCUUCAAAGGGCCUUAUUUACAUCAAGUUUAACACUGUUCGCAGUUCACAGUCAGACGAUAGUGAGAGAAUUAAAUUAGAAAAACAACCAAAAUAUAUUACAAUAACAAUUAAAAACAAAAACAGUUGACAACACUGGCAGAGUGAUUGGUGAUUAACAUGUGUCAUUUAAUCCAUUUCUACCCUCAACGGGUUCACUACCGAUAACAAACAGUGUGCAGAGCCGAUCGGGCUUUACCUCCCAUGCACAAUGGACGCAUUUGGAAGGAUGACCUGCUUUGGUACAGACACUUCUUAUGAUGUAGGUAUUACAAAUAACUUGGGUGUCCCAUAACCUCUGAUUUCCUACCUCCAGGGAAGAGGCUGAAGGUUUUGCUCCACACUAUGUGCCAUAGGGGUGCAACCCCAGUGCCCAUCCACGCUAGAUGGUGCCACUCGCACCAGAGUGGGAGGUUUCCCAGCCUGCCACAGCCACUGCUCUUCAUUUGUCCUGCUAGCUGCUGGUUACCAGCAGGGCAGGUUGAUUGUUUUAAAAGAGAAGAUAGCAGCCUGUUAUGUUUGCACAACCAGAUCACCUGGAUUCAUGAGCACCUGUCACAGCUGCUGAUGCCCAAGAGCACCAACAAGCAAAACACAGAGUGCCUCAGCUGCUGGGGAAGCCUUAGGUAAGCAGCACAGACAUCCGGCUCUGGAUUUCUUUAUGACUGCAGAGUAUACCCACCCUCCCUGUCCACCACCCACUGCCUUUUGGGGAGAGGCUGCUCUGUUAGCACAGCAGUUCUGUGCAGCUAUUGCCCCACACUGUGGGGUUUGGUUCCUGCUGCCCGCAGAGCCGUGUGCCAUAAAACUCUUGCAUAAGCACACCUGGUGGGAUGUCAGCACAUGUGUUUUUGGCUGUGUCUCACCACAGAGGCCAGUGGUGGUCAGGAGAAGUGUCCUGUGUGAGGAGGACGGGAACAGACAACCCCCUUCCCCACUGCUGCUCCAUCCAAUUCUGCUUUCCCAGCGGCUAAAUUUGGUGCAGUCCCAAGAGCCAGACUCUUAAUUCAGUUUCACUCCUGUCAGCACUAAUGAAAAAGAUGAUUAAUAACAAGUGCUGCCAGUCAGACAGCUGGGUGCACUGCUGUGGCAGUUACAGAGAGUCUACAGUGCAGGAAGAGGAGAAGGAGAAUUGCUCCUAUGAGUCCCCACAGGAGCUGGGAAGAGAAAGUGCCCCGCAUCAGCUCACUCGAGUGAGCGCGUGCUUUGUGCUUGGCAUUCCCAGGCCUUAUGUGACGCCAUCCCCUGGUGCAAAGACAACUACUUUAAAUUCUGGCCCAUACUAGUGCAAGUGAGAGAGCCUGGCUGCAACUGCGUCCUCGCCCCACCAGGCUGCCCAACAGGGGUGAGGAAAGGAGUCACAACAGGAGCUCAUGCCUUGUCCCAACCAUGAAGAGUGGAGCAAGAGAUGUUCUUCACUGGGACAAAUAAUCAGGCUCACUAUCCUUGGGCUACUCUGAACAUACUGUGCAAGGCUGCAAGCAGAGAAGCUGCUACAGUAAAGACCUUUAAGGCUGAGCAGAAAGCCAGACCUAGCAAAAGGGAGAAGGAACGGCAACAAUUUUAGCAGAGUAGCUGUGGAAGGAAGAACAGCUGAACGGUAAUGUACAGCAGAACCAGCUUUCCCAGACAUGACUGUAUUGCUCUCCUGCCAGAGGGUAAGGGAAAUUCUAGUUUGGGAAUAAAACUGUUGGCACGAGAAGCAGCAGCAAUUCCUAUUUAGGGGAAAAUCCCCCAGAGCCAAGUCAGAACUGCCUCUGCCAUGACCCACCCACCUGAUGGGAGUAAGACAACAGGUAAGAGCAGAAAAAACCACUCUCCACAGGAGCAAUGACAGGCAAAUCCCCAAAUUCCACUGUCCUGUGUCUCUGCCACUGGAGGAUCAGCACUUAAUAGGCUUCUGUGUUGGCCACAGGGGUUGUGGAGUCUCCAUCCUUGGAGAUAUUCAAAAGCCAUCUAGACAUGCUCCUGCUCUAGUGUCCCUGCCUGAGCAGGAGGGCUGGACCAGAUGGUGGCUAGAGGUUCCUUCUGGCUGGUGCCAUUCUCUGACUCUGCAAAAGCAGGUGGAUGCUUCAGCUGUCCCUGCCCACUGUCCUGUCUCACUGCUCAUUGCCUCUGCCAUGGGGAGGAGAAACCAGGCAGCAUCUGAAAGGGAGUGGGGAUGACCAGGGGGAACCAGUCCUCUGCUGGGGCACAGUUUCUUUGGAAGGGUCAGAAAGGGCUGAAAGAGGGGAGGUUUAGUAGUUAGAAAUUUCAGGAUUUGAUUGCUGUUCUGUCACUUUUGCUGGAGCUUUUCUGGAAGGCUGGUAUUCACAAAAAAAAAAAAAAAAAAAGGCUUCUUUCAAAAUACUCAUCAGAGUGGGACUAAUAGCCUUAAAAUAUUCUGGUUAAAAUACCUUUCCCCUGAGAAUCACUCCAGUUUCAGUCCGUUUGUCCUAGGCUGAGGAGCAGCACGAUGAUGAAACCACGUGAUUGUCUGCAGGGCAAACAAGAGCCGCCUUUCUGCCCCCUGCCCC